AUGCCUCAAGACGUCGGUUACGAGGACCUCAAAUUCAUCAUAGAGUUCGUAUACAAGGGGGAAAUCGACGUAUCCCAUACAGAGUUGCAGUCUCUGCUACGUACCGCCGACCAAUUAAAGAUCAAAGGAUUGUGCGAGUCGCCGGACGACAGAGAAAAUAGAGAAAUCCCGCCGGAAUUGGCUCUGCAGCUCAAUUUCAAAGGUGGCAGGAAAUCGCCUUUGCCCAAACACUUCAAGAUAGCGGUCCCCCGAAAUCAAAAUACCCCCAAACUCAGUCACCCACCAAACGAAAAGCGUCCCGCGAAUGAAAUUAUCGAAGGAGAAAUCAAAGUCGCCGCUGAGACAGGAGGAGAAGGAAAAUCGAAUGAAGAAACAGAAGAAAAUGACAUGCCAGUAGCUUUGGAAGAGCCGACAAGGAAGAGGCCGCAGCCCGAGCAAACAAAACCGCUAAACAUGAGCAGCCAUGGCCUACUAUCGGGACAGACAAUAUUCUCCCACUUCGGUGUCGACACUGAUGACUUCCCGCCCGAACCGCCGGCACCAUCGGCGAUUCCCGUCGGUCACAUGGAUAUGUCGUCGGCCGCGGCCGACCAUUCCCCCACUAGAACCAUCCUCACCGGUCCCAUGCACCGCACGGACAUCUCCGACUCCACCAAGUACACUCUCGACAUCAAGAAGGAGGCCGACAUUAAGUUCGAAACGUUGCGGUCGUACGACCAAGACAGUUUGCUCGACAUGGAGAGCCAUCUCUCGGGACCCGACCAUUCCAUGGAUAGCCACGAGGACGGCGAGAGGGGCAUACAUCAGAUGAUGGGGCACGGUGACUUUAGCGGGAUGCCUGGAGUUUCUAGUAGAUUAGAUUUAAAUAGCGACGACCAAGUACCUGGAAUCAAAAAUAACGGCCAUACCGACAAUUUACCGCCACGAGGCCACAGUGGUGGUGGACCAAAAACUUGGACUCAGGAAGACAUGGAUAUGGCGUUAGAUGCCUUAAGAAACCACAAUAUGAGCCUAACAAAGGCAUCAGCAACUUACGGUAUUCCCUCCACUACAUUAUGGCAAAGAGCACAUAGACUAGGAAUAGAUACUCCCAAAAAAGAAGGACCUACCAAAUCUUGGACUGAAGAAAAUUUAAAUAACGCUCUUGAAGCAUUAAGAACCGGCACGAUAUCUGCCAAUAAGGCUAGCAAAGCAUUCGGAAUUCCAAGUAGCACGUUGUACAAAAUAGCGAGAAGAGAAGGAAUAAGACUGGCGGCGCCCUUCAACGCGGCCCCCACCACGUGGACUCCGGAAGAUUUGGAGAAAGCUCUGGAGUCGAUUAGGACGGGACAAACUUCAGUACAAAAAGCUUCUACAGAAUUCGGCAUUCCGACAGGGACGUUGUACGGCAGGUGUAAGAGGGAGGGUAUCGAAUUGUCGAGGUCGAACCCAACUCCUUGGUCGGAAGACGCCAUGGGAGAAGCGCUCGAGGCUGUUAGGUUAGGACACAUGUCCAUCAACCAAGCGGCCAUCCACUACAACCUGCCUUACUCGUCGCUGUACGGCCGCUUCAAGCGCGGCAUCAAAUACGAUCCGGACCAAGUGGACCUGAACCAGGACAGCCAGCUGCAGAUGGAUCACACGUUCGGCAUGGAAUACACUACCUCUCCAUCUCAGAUCCAAUACCAAAAUCAAAAUAGCUGA